AUGUAUUUCUCAACGACUUUUGGAUUGGCCUUCAUCGGAUCACUUCUGAGUGUUCCAUGUGAGGCUGAGACAGUAAACAAUGUUGCUAUCAUUGGAGCUGGCGCUGCUGGGUCAUCAGCAGCAUUCCACUUGAGGAAAUAUGCCCUGGAAGAGAACAUUGCAAUCAAUAUCACCGUUUUCGAAAAGACGGACCAUGUAGGAGGUCGCUCAUUGACGGUCCCCGCCUACAACGACCCUUCUCUACCUAUCGAGCUGGGUGCAUCCAUCUUCGUCGGUGCCAAUCACAUUCUUGUCAAUACGAGCAGGCAAUUUCAGCUCCCGUUGAGCAAGCCUCACCGGCUAGACAAAGACGAUCUGACAGCCAUAUGGGAUGGUAUUGACUUCGUCUUCCAGACCACCGAGGGGUCCUGGGGAGGAUGGGAUCUAGCCAAAAUGUUUUGGAGGUAUGGCCUCUCACCGUACAGGGUCAAGAAGCUUGUAGAUAGUAUGAUCGGAGAGUUCCUCAAGCUCUAUGAAGAACCAUACUUUCCUUUCAAGUCGCUGUCUCAAAGAGCAGAGCAGCUGGGUUUGGACCGGUUUACAAGUCUUACGGGAGAGCAGGUCUUGAAAAAUGCCGUUGCCACACGAGUCAACUAUGCCUCCAACUUGGCUUACAUCCAUGGAUUGGAGACUCUGGUGUCAUUGGCCACCGAUAAUGCUAUGUCCGUUGAAACAGGCAACUGGCGUAUCUUCGAUGAGAUGAUAAUGGAUAGCGGAGCAGCUGUCUACCGCAACGUGACCGUGGCCUCUAUCGAGAAGUCCAAAACAAAGACACAGUCGUCAUCGUCAUCCAGAUACGUUGUCACAACUGCAGACGCUCACUCAAAGGACGACGCUGCCGAAAAUUAUGGCGUUGAGUUCGAUAAUGUCAUCAUCGCCAACCCCUGGCAGUUUAGCAACAUCAAGGCGGGUGAGGGUGUUCUGGAUCGUGUAAUCGACGAAAUUCCAUACACCAAACUUCACGUUACACUGUUCGCGUCGCCUUUGGAACUGAACCCCGAGUUCUUUGGCAUGAAGUCCGGGGGCAAGGCACCCGCCACUGUCUACACGACCUUGGCUGAGGGCGACGAAGCAGGACAGGGAGCUGAUGGUGUUGGACGUACCGGGUUUUACUCAAUCAGCACCUUGAAAUACGUCACCAACCCCAAGACCGGACAAAGGGAGCGCGUUUAUAAGAUCUUCUCGCCCAAGGCCGUCACCGCAGAAUUCCUCACUCGUAUUAUGGGAACUGAGAUUCCCGAGCCGGUUGUCUCUGGCAAGGAACAGAACGAAAACAUCUCGUGGUAUUAUCCCCACUCAUUUUAUGCUUAUCCCAUCGAGCUGCCUCGUGUCACAUUUGAAGACCCUGUUAUUGGUAAGGGCGUCUACUACACUUCCGGCAUUGAAAGCUUCAUAUCUUGUAUGGAAACUAGUGCUUUAAUGGGUAGGAAUGUAGCUCGGCUGGUGGUCGACAAUUUUGCUGGGAUCUCUCGCCCAGAAGAACCCUUGGGUGCGGGCAAUGAGAAGAGGCCAUUAGGAGAAGAGAUGGAAGGCAUCAAAGUGCAGGCCGAAGGCGAGCUCUGA